AGAGUCGCCUGCAUUUACAAUCGCAUCAAAAAUUCCGCCCACCUGGUUCCUUACUCAGAAGCCAAUCCUUGCUCGUCAACGAUGCCGAACAGGGAGUCUAUGUUCUUUCGAAAGCAGACUCACUUUGCCAGCCCUAGACCAACCCGCUUUAUCGAUGGCACCAGUACAGUACGGUUCAUGGAACAAAACCUCACCGUGCCGGAGUCCAUCAACAACCGCAAAGUCCGUAAAUCGGCGCCUAUCAUACCCAAACAGCUCUACCCCAAUCCAAACCCAGGUGUAGCCUCGCACUAUAUCAGGCGAAAGCCACUUCUCCAUGCAGCCCAGAAUCCAGCACGAACAGUGAACAAAAGAGCUUCAACCCGUGACAGUAGCAUCUUGCUCCCGCCCCUACAUAUACGCCGUAGCCUCGAAAUACCCCGCCGAGCCCUAUGCUUCGAAGACUUCGUACCAGAGCACAAACUCAAGACAUGGCAUGAGGUGGACGAUGAUGAGCGGCGGAGUACACACACAAAUUCGUUAAGUAUCUUGAUCGCCAACAUCAUCGAUAAAGUCAGAUACCAGGUUAGGAAAAUAACACGGUAUACGCGUCUCUGA